AAGAAAGCUCUUUUUGUUUCUACAUUCUACGUCGUGGUGUCAAGUUAUGUCCGAGACAUUUUUGAUUUUGUCGCACCUUCAACUCCUGUGAGUCCUCGUGUUUAUUUAUUGAGUUCACCACAAUGCCAGCGCCAAGCGCAGCACCAGCUGCAAAUACGAAGUCCGCGGCGGCCGCCACGGCAGAUGCAGCAGGGACCGGGCGUACCGCACCGCUUGCGAGCAACCUCGAUGUGCGGGAAGUUGGGCGCACCAUACGUGCGGAGCUUUUGAACAAUGAGGAUGUGCAGAGUAUUUUCGAUAAGCACCGGGGCGAUACCACUGCCACUCUGCGGGAGCUGGAGGAGCGGGGUCUGGUUGGCACACUGUACUCCACGAUCCAACGCGCGAUCGCGGAGCAGAAGCCCUUCGGCUCGUACUUCAAGCCCAACGCGAAGCCGACCGAUUCCACCGAGAUGAUUCAGGCUGCAGGCGUACAGAGCAUGACCGAAGACGGCGGAGGCGCGACGCCCGCCGCGCAAAUCCAGGCGCAGGCUGAGGCACUGAAAGCCAUGAAGACCAGCAAUACAGCUCCGGCCUCGUCCGCAGACAGAAUUGCCAGCGCUGCUCCCCUCACGGGGACCGGUGCCGCACGGUCUUCUACUAGCGCUUCGCAACAGCGAGGUCACCAGCGAGGGCGCAGCUUGGCGCCGACGCUCGGUGGACCGACCAUUACUCAAGACCUGACGUUUUUGAAGCAGAUGAAGCAGAAAGACGCUCUGCACCACGCCCGCCGGUACCCGGUGUUUGCGUUGCACCUGAAACGUGGGAAGGCGUUUCUGGACCACCUGAGCCCGGAAGAGUUUGCCGGUUGUCACCUCUGUGUGCAGUUCGCCGUAGGGUCCCGCGAACGCAAGACGGCCAAGCCGAUAUUUAUCCGCGGACCGGACUGUGUCUGGAAUCAAGUGCUGCAGUGGGAGAUGAGCCACGACGAGGUAAGGAGCAAGGAAGUGAUUCGACGGUUGCUUCACUCGAAGAAGAUCAAGAUGAAGCAGAGACUGCACUUUAAAGCCUGGCGGAAGCGUUUCCGAUUGCGCAGAUAAUUUCUGACUUGUGAUAGUUUUUUAUACCAAAUCAAACAUCAUGAUCUUCAACAGGUUGCCGAGCGCGCGAAUUUAGAAUCUUUCCACAUUGUCGUCUACCGGCAUUGGCCGGACCAGAAGGUCGAAAUGAUAAGCAGUCAGGAGCUGGCGCUGCGGGAGGGAAAUUUCGUCUACGAACUGACCGGGACGGAGAAGAAGCACAAGCUGGUCCAAGGCCUCAUCGAGCUCGAAGUGCAAUACCUCGGCGGCGAUUGGCCGCUCCGGCCACGCGUUCUGGUAUAAAGUCAGACGCUUUGAUGUUCCAAGAGUUUGAGUUAAAGAUUAGACAGCCACGAGUGAAGAUCAUGAUAGAUGCAACAAUUCUGUACUGUGAACCCGGAAAUAAGUAUAUAUAAAAUCUGUACAAAAUUGUCUUCACAGCCUGACGGGGGUAUUGAGGACAGGUGCUCCAUCAAGUUUCGGAAUGCCCGCCUGCGGAAGUGCUUCGACGACCUCGACGCUUUCGCGGACAACAUCCACCGGCAUUUCCGCAAGCGCAUCGACUUUUACGCCGAAACGGAGAACGGCGAGACGCACCCGCUCUGCAGCUUUGUCCGCCCGAUCGACGGUGCGCGCGCCCUGGAGACUCCGCUUCACGCGUUGCGGUUCUGCAGCCUGUUCCCCAGUAAGCGAGACGUCUUGUUCGAGAAGCGCGACCACAUCUGCUGGCACAGCACCGAGCAUAUCUUCGCGCAAAACGAGGCAUCCUCCGUCGAAAAAUGCCUGCUGCUGUGUGGUCUGCUGGUCGGCGGCUGGUGUAUGGAGGCCUACGUGUGUCUGGGAACACGCUCCUCGCCCUUGGCAGCGGGUACCAGUCAGUCUUGCACAACUAGUCUUUCCCAUUCAUCCGUCUUCGCGUCUGAUAUGUCGUUUUAUGAAAACAAAAAAGGGUUGAGCUGGGUCUUUCUGACGUCAUCUGAGCAAGUUACUGAAACCUAAACAUCAGCGAGCAAGCUGGCCGCUCUCGCGGGCAUCGAAACUGGCGAGCAGGAACAGUGCUGUUUCGUACUUACCCGCGGCCCGGAGGAGCCGACAAUUUGGGACCCUCUUCGGGCCGAGCGCUACAAGGUGAGCGAUCCGUGUUCCCGCGUGACAAGCGUGGAGGUGGCUUUCAACAACGAAUUUAUUUACGUUAACCCGAACGAUCGAUUUCCGAAUCUGGACACCGACACAACCUCCGCAGCGCUUGAAAACGGAUUGGCUACCGCUGGGAAUCAUGCAGCAAGUACUAACGAACUGGUUUCUGCUGGUGGUGUUACCACCGCCAAUUCUGCAAUGGUUCUUGCGGCCCAGGACUCUUCCGCAAGCGCGGGUGGCGGUGGCGCGUCGAGCAGCGGCAAGAGCAAGGCACCGCCUGGUGGAGCCGCAGCUGCUAGCGCAAAAAAUGGCAAGCAGGCAGGAGGCACCACCGCGAGCAAGAGCGGCGGCGCGAACGCAGUAGGCGCGGGGAGUAAAGCACCUCCUGCCCAGGCCUUGGUGAAAGCAGCGACACCAGUACAAACCUCUUCUUCCUCCACGAAUAAAGCCGCAACGUAUUCGCGACCCGAGCGGCGAAAGCGGAUGCUGGGAUUUUUCAACAUUCGCUCUUCGUGGGUCGAGUUCAAGAACCCGCUGCCGAAGCGCCCUACGCUGGAUUUGAAAUGGGGCGACCGUUACUUCUCCACCUGGAACGUGAUAAACGACUUCACGAAGCCAGAAAAUGCAACCGGCGCGACAAGCAAAAAAGUGGGCAAAGAGGACGGUGCCGUGGCACCGGAUUCCGCCAUGGUGGUGGAACAGACGUCUUCCUUUCCGGAAGACGACACAACCUCGCCACCCACCACGCCGCACGACAUUGUCACCGCGAUCGACGAUCUGGUUAAGCCACCACCCGGUCAGGACGACGAUGAAGAGAUGAUGGUUGACGUGCCGAAAACAGCGAUUGACGACGAUACGCUCGAAAAACUUCGCGUUGAGAAUUAUGCCCAGAAUAAACCGGCACCCAACAGCCACCAACAGACCCUGCUGCCCGCGCCCGCAAUGAUUCCAGGACCGUUACAACGGAGCACUCUGGGUAGCGGGAAUUUCGCGAACCAACAGGCUUUCGUGGAAAGUAGGAUCGAGGACGUGUUGCGCUCGCAGUUCGAAAAAGCCUGUGGGAGAUCGCUACCCUGGGAGAAGACGCUAGAGCCUCUACUCGGUAGUCUUUUACUUAUAAAAUUUACAGGCCUUUUGGCUGUCUCGUUCUCUGAAUUCGGGUAUCAAAGUGAUUGCAGUCGUGAUCCUCAGAGUGAAGAAAAAUACGUAUACAGUUGAACAACGAUGAGACGCAGCAGUAUUGAAAACAAAACAAAGGCUUGGCGCUUCACAACUGCGAGACCGAGCGGGUGCAGCUACAGUCGUCGGCUGCCGUCCAGGUCUUCGAGGAGAUGGCGCGGUUGCACUUUUGCACGGACGAGCGGGACGAAAUGGUCGCUUUUCCCAUUCAGUUCAACGACAUCCGCUAUGAGCGGUUCUUUUCCGUGAUGCUCGAGUCGAGCACGGUACAGAAAAUGGUCACCAGCACCAGCAGCUCCUUCGGAACCAAAGGUCCCCUAAAGAACAUGGGCUUCGCGGUGCGCUGCAGGAUUUUUCUCUACCCAGAAAACGUCCUGGCCUGCUGGAUCAUACUCGCACAGCGAACCCGGUUGCCAGGACGGAUGUAAAGGUCAAGUCAAGCUCCACAUGUUGUUGCCAGGGAGUUGUUGGAACGAAAGGAGUGUGGCGAAAACGAGUUGGUGAGCGACCUCAUCACUUUGCAUUGCUUAAUCUACCUAGUACCAUCACUUCAUGUGGUUUUUGUCGUGCUUGAAAAGUUCUUGCUCUAAGCAGUCGCGAAUCUUGUUCAGCGCUUCUACAUUAACUACUCUUUUUCUGCUCAACAAUCACAAAUGUCAGUAGGAGAAAAUUUCCCGCGGCUGCUUCGUAGGUGCGACUGCUAU